GGCGACGAAUAUCCAUGUCUUGGUAUCCCUUAUCCUGUUCACCACAGUGGCAGGACUCUAAUCCCACCGUGUCACUCGAUGUUACACCAAGCAAUUCCACAGAUGGCAUGCUCGGUGCGAGCUCUACACGGAUCAACUUUAGUGACAGCACGUCCACUAUGAGCGCCCAGAGCCCAGCAAGACGCCCUUCAUUUGGAUCAACUGGCAUGUCCCCAACACCUAUUAGGAACAGACCUACUUCGUGGUUUUCUAGCUCCCGAUCCGUUACUCCUCUAAGAUCGCGACGCGCUCCCUCUACGAUAUCCCGAAGCCCGUCUCAUACUACUAAGCUGUUGAAUGGCAUCUCUGGCAUGUUCAAUAAUAUGGAAUACUCCGAUGCCACGAUCAUGAUUCAAAAUACCAUUCUUCCUGUGCACAAGAUGAUCAUUUGCAGCCACAGCAGCUACUUCAAAAAAGCUUUCGAUGGUAGUUUCAUAGAGGGCACUACCGACACUAUUAAGUUUAACGAGGGCAGUGCCGCUGCGCACUGGAGGGUAUUCGAAUUCAUAUACACUGAUGACCAUCAUAUGAUGAAGGAUGCUCAAGUUUACAUUCUUGCUGAUAUGUUCCUGCUCGAGGACUUGAAAACACUUUCACUGGAGAAGCUGAAGUACAAAUUCCAUUGCGAUCCGGUCGAUCACGCGUUUCCAGUCUGCAUCCGGAAAGUGUACGCUGGCACAUCCGAUAGGCAUACCGAACUCCGAUCUGCUUUUGUUCAGAAAGCUAUUGCGAAUGCCCGAGGUCUCCGAAGUAAUGAAUCUUUCAUGGAGCUAUUUCGAGAAGGGGGGGAUUUCCCGGUGGAUUAUGUGCAUGCCCUCUCGAGAUAG